UCAACGUGCAGCGACUGGCGAUGCUCCAAUGCUCCAAUAUAAUACAACCCAACCUGACUCGACUCUUUCCAACUAAAUCUGUCCAAUUUGAAUUCUCUCUGCCAUUUUUUGCUAAGCAACAUUCUGCAAAAUCGUUACGUUUCUAUCUCCGGAUAUCACACCAUCACCGGAAAACAGAGUGAUUCAGCCACUCAUAGUAUCAUCAGCAAAUCAGAAGUUACUGACUACAGAUUGAAGAUGAAGAUAUUGGUGGCAAUCAAGCGAGUAGUGGAUUACGCCGUCAAAAUCAGAGUCAAACACGACAAGACAGGUGUGGAGACCCAGAACGUGAAGAUGUCGAUGAACCCUUUCUGCGAGAUCGCGCUCGAAGAGGCUCUUCGGAUUAAGGAGGCUAAAUUGGCGUCGGAGGUCGUGGCGGUGAGUAUGGGGCCUUCUCAGUGUGUGGAUACUCUGAGAACGGGUCUUGCGAUGGGUGCAGAUAGGGGUAUUCAUGUGGAGUUCAAUGACACUCUUCACCCACUUUCUGUGGCUAAGAUUUUAAGAGCGCUUGUGGAGGUCGAGAAACCUGGACUUCUACUUCUUGGUAAACAGGCCAUUGAUGAUGAUUGCAAUCAAACAGGGCAGAUGAUAGCAGGGCUUCUCAACUGGCCUCAAGGGACUUUUGCUUCGAAGGUUAUCCUUGAUAAGGAGAAACAGGUAGCUACAGUGGACAGAGAGGUAGAUGAUGGCAUUGAGACCCUCUCUUUGAACUUACCAGCAGUUAUCACAACUGAUCUGAGACUGAACCAGCCAAGGUAUGCAACACUCCCCAAUAUAAUGAAAGCCAAAUCAAAGCCUAUAAAGAAGUUCACUCCUCAGGAAUUGAAUGUUGAAAUCAAAUCUGAUUUGGAGAUUGUUCAAGUCACAGAACCUCCCAAGAGAAAAGCAGGGAUAUUGGUUUCUUCUGUGGACGAGCUGAUUGACAAACUCAAAAAUGAAGCUAAUGUCAUCUGAUCUGAUUCUUCUCUCUGCUUGUUAGCUCCAGCUCAGUCACAACUUGCUGUAGAGUAAUUACUAAUCUGUCAAACAUUGAGACUCAAAUAAUAUUUGUGUUUUUAUGUGACAUGUGGAAUACCCUUGUUAAAUAUAUGACAUGAGAUUUGAAAUUA